AUGAGUUAGACUAAUAUUCGUUAGUCAAUGAAUGGUGUUCGAUAGUCAACGUCGAAUAUAGCAAGAAAAUUUGAAGAAAUGAGACAGUCUAUAUAGCUUAAGAACUCCCAAUAAGAAGUUAGAUAGAGCUAGUAAAUGCGUAGAUAUGAAGGUGAUUAAGAUGAUGGAAACAAAGUGGCACAUUACAAUCGCGAGUUAAUGGAAGACCAUCAACCUAUACAUACUGAAACAAUUAUGCUUUAAGGUACUUCUUCUUAACAUGAUACUCACUAAAAACCAUCAGCUCCAGCAGAUAAAAAGGAGGUUUCUAAAGAAGAUUAAUCAAAGCAAGCUCUUGUAGAAAAAGUUGAUCACAAAAUUUCGUUAGAAGAGCUUAAGGAGAAGUAUCAGACAGAUUAUUAAAAAGGUUUAACUGAUUAGUAAGCUGAACAUUUACUUAGAGUCAAUGGAGAAAACAAACUUUCAGCUAAAGCAGGUGUCCCUUUAUGGUUAAAGCUUUUGAGAGAAAUGACCAAUGGAUUUUCUAUUAUGCUUUGGGUAAGUGCAGGUCUUUGCUUUCUUGCUGAAGGUUUACAGCCUAAUCCUUCAAAUAUCUAUUUAGCUGUUGUGUUAAUUAUUGUCAUUCUAAUUACUACAGCAAUUACAUUUUAAUAGAAUGCUAAAAGUGAGGCUUUGAUGAACUCCUUCAAGAAUUUUAUUCCUGCAAAAACUGUAGUUAUUAGAGGGGGCGAUACUAAAUCAAUUGAUGCAGCUCAUCUUGUUGUUGGUGAUAUAGUCGUAAUAAGACUGGGUGAAAAAAUUCCUGCUGAUAUUCGUAUUCUUGAAUCUAACGAAAUGAAAGUUGACAAUUCUCCCUUGACAGGUGAAAGUGAACCCUUACUACGUACGAUUGAAUGCUCUCACCCUGAGAGUUAUCUUGAAACCUCAAAUAUAGCCUUCUUCGGAACUCUGUGCAAAGAAGGUACUGGAAAAGGUAUUGUAAUUGCCACUGGUGAUCGUACUAUGCUUGGACAAAUUGCUGAUUUAUCUUCUGGCGAAAAGAAAACUAAAACUCCUCUUCGUGUUGAACUCGAUCGUUUUGUUAUUUUGAUUACAGUAAUUGCAAUCUUCCUUGGUGUCCUCUUUUUCUUACUCGCUUUAUUGUAUAUGAAGUAUAAAUUUAAUGAUUGCUUAGUCUUCGGUAUAGGUAUCCUUGUUGCGAAUGUACCUGAAGGUUUGCUAGGUUGCAUUACUAUCUCUCUCGCUAUCACAGCAAAGAACCUAUCUGCUAAAAGUGUCUUAGUUAAAAACUUAGAAGCCGUUGAAACUCUAGGUUCUACUUCCUGUAUUUGCUCUGACAAAACAGGUACUCUCACAUAAAAUGUUAUGUCAGUCAAAAACUUGUGGUACAAAGAUAGAAUUUACCUAUCUAAGAAUAAAGUCUAACUUAAGUAAGGAGAAUUACCUGAAUAUGACACUGAAGAUGUUGAUUUUAAAAUUCUUUAAAAGGCAGCUAUGCUCAGCAGUGAGGCUCGUUUCGAUACCUCUACUGUUAAGGACUAAUAAAAUAUUGACUAUUUGACCUGUCCUGUAUUAGGUGAUGCGACUGAAACAGGUAUUAUUAGAUUCUAUUAGUAUAUUGAAGAUGUUAACACCUUCCGUAAUAGAUAUUAAAUUGCUAAAAAUCCAGAUGGUACAUUUGGUAAAAUGCCUUUCAAUUCUUAGGUUAAGUUUGCUUUAACAAUUAUUGAAGAACAAACAUAGGACAGCUUUUAUACAGUUUACAUAAAAGGUGCUCCAGAAAAAAUUUGGACUUACUGCUCAUCAGUUAUUGUUAAUGGAAGGCCAUAGAAUUUAGAUCAAACUUGGUAGAAAAAAUUCAAAGCUGUUAAUCUUACUUUUGGUAAAGGAGGAGAAAGAGUGCUUGGUUUUGCUAAAUUACAUUUACCAGCUACUAAAUAUCCUCAUGGAUUUACAUUCAAUGUAUCAUCAUUACAAAAAUUCCCUUUUAAACUCGCUGACUUUUAAUUUUGCGGUUUAGUCUCCUUGAUGGAUCCUCCUAAGACAAGAGUUCCUUAUGCUAUCUUAGAAUGUAGAUCUGCUGGUGUGAAAGUUGUCAUGGUAACUGGUGAUUAACCUCCUACAGCCGCUGCAAUUGCCAAAGAAGUCAAUAUUAUUCCUAGGGACAUUUUAACUAACGAAGAUCUUAUGGAAAGAGACCCUACCCUUAGCUGGUGGGAUGCAAGCAAACAGUGUGAAGCUAUUAUUGUUCACGGCGAUAGAAUUACAGAAUCCUAUGAAAAAUCUUUAGGAGAAUAAAAGGAAGAACAAUUUUAUUUAAGAAGCUGGGUUGUAAAGCCUUAUUGUGUUUUUGCAAGAACUACUCCUGCUUAAAAACUAUAAAUUGUUGAUGCCUGUUAAAAAGAAGGAUUUAUUGUUGCUGCUACUGGUGAUGGUGUUAACGACUCCCCUGCAAUCAAGAAAGCAGAUAUUGGUAUUUCUAUGAAUCUGUCUGGAUCUGAUGUAACCAAAGAUGCUGCAGACAUGGUUUUAAUUGAUGACGAUUUUGCUUCAAUUGUUAACGGUGUUGAAGAAGGAAGAAAAAUUUUUGAUAACCUGAAAAAAACUGUAGUUUAUCUUCUUACUUCUAAUAUGACUGAAAUCGUUCCUUUCUUGGCCUUCAUUAUUCUUUAAAUUCCUUUACCUCUCUCAAGUAUUUAUAUGCUCGUCAUUUGUGUUGGUACUGAUGUUUGGCCAGCUAUCUCUCUCGCUUACGAAGAAGCUGAGCUCGAUGUAAUGACUAGAAGACCUCGUACUAAGUAGGAGCAUUUAGUUUCUAACAAAUUAAUUACUAUAGCUUAUCUUUAAACAGGUCAAAUAGCUAGUGGUGCUGGAUUUUUAGGUUAUUACAUAGCAUUUAACUAUUUUGGAUUCCCAGUACUUUCUUUGUUCGGUCUAGCUUCUGCUACUGGUUAUAGACCAAGUAAAAAUGAUUUUGGUACCUAUUAUAACCCUUUACUUUAAAGAGACGACCCUUACUAUAACUCCAGGUUAUAUAAUAUUACAUAAUUCAAAAAUUGUAAGGAUAUUGAUGUAGAAAGCAUCUCGUAUACCAUAGAUUGGUUUACACUAGAUGAAGGUAAUUAUGAUAUGAGAAAAUCUUUGGUUAAAUGUGAUCCUGUAACUGGAGCUUUUAUUCCUUGGAUUCAUUGGAGUGAUUGUGAUAUAAAUAAAUAAUAAAACUGGUCAAAACUAACAUCCUAAACAGCUUGCUACUCGGUAGAAGCUAUUAACUAUGCUCAGAGUGUUUAUUUCUUAACCGUAGUUUUACUUUAAUGGACUAACGUCUUUGCAUGUAAAAGUAGAUCUACAAGCUUUACAACAACAGCAUUUAAUCCGAUUAUGAUUCACGGUAUUAUUUUUGAAACAUUACUUACCAUUUUCUUAUAAUAUUGUCCGGGAGUUUAAGAUGUGUUUGGUGGUAGGCCUAUGUUCUUCUGGUUAUGGACAAGUUGCUUAGCAUAUACUAUAUUGUUACUUGUCUAUGAUGAACUAAGAAAGUUUAUGUGUAGAAGAUUUAAAUGGUAUUAUAAGUAUUGUUAUUGGUGA